AGGUGGAAGUCCUUGCUUAAUUCCUUUAUUAGCAACAGAGAGUACUCCAGACCAUCUAUACAGUCGAAUUGAGCACUAAUCAUGGCGCCCUCAGUCCUCCUCGAGACUAUCUCCUCGAACGAUGGUGCUUCCACCACCUCAACAAGAAUUGCAGCGACGGCAACAGCACCCGCCACCGUGCCACCAGAAUCCAGAAGCCAGGAAAGACGUCUUAUGCACCGAUCCCUUACGGAGUCACCAUACGAAGUGAUAAGCGCCUCAGGAAGUUACCUCCAUCUCUCUACCGGAGCCUUGAUCCUCGAUGGCUGCGGCGGAGCAGCUGUCGCCAUCAUUGGGCAUGGCAACGAGGAAGUCAUGGCUGCCACGGUCGCACAAAUGCAAAAGGUCUCCUACGUUCACACGCUUUCAUACACCACCUCCUCGGCCGAAGAUCUUGCAAACUUCAUCUUAGAAGUAUCGCCCGGUGGAUUCCAGCAUGGACUCGAAAAAGCCUAUUUCUGUGGUAGCGGCAGCGAAGCCAACGAUGCAGCCUUGAAGCUCGCUCGUCAGUAUUUCUACGAGAAGGGGGAGCCACAGCGGAAAUUUUUCGUGUCGAGAGCGCAAAGCUACCACGGGAACUCGGUCGCCAGUAUGUCCGUCUCCUCGAACCUGCCGAGGAAGGUGCCGUACCAGGAUAUCUUGAUGCGCAAUGUAUCAUUUGUGUCACCCGCGUAUGCCUACCAAUACCAACGCUCCGGCGAAACAGAGCAGGAGUACGUUGCUCGGCUGAUUGCGGAGCUGGACGCUGAGUUCCAACGGAUAGGCCCGGAGAACGUCAUCUCCUUCAUUGCUGAGCCCGUAGUAGGCGCCACAUCUGGGUGCGUUGCGGCGCCAAAGGGGUACUUUGCAGGAGUUCGUAAGCUGUGCGACAAAUACGGGAUUCUACUUCACCUGGACGAGAUCAUGUGCGGGAUGGGCAGAACUGGCACGUACUUUGCUUUCGAGCAAGAGAACGUACUGCCAGACAUUGUCACUAUCGGGAAAGGACUCGGAGGCGGAUAUGCGCCAGUGGCUGCUGUGUUGAUGUCCUCAAAGAUCGUGGACACGCUGAGAGCUGGUUCAGCUGCUUUCAACCAUGGUCAGACGUACCAAGCGCAUCCCGUGACUUGUGCCACUGCACUUGCAGUGCAGAAGAUUGUGCGAAGAGAGAGUCUCGUUCAGCGGUGUGCUUUGAUGGGCAUGCUCUUGAGUAAGUUGUUGAUGGAUACGUUCAGUGGUUGUAAAUUCGUUGGUGACAUUCGAGGAAGAGGUCUGUUUUGGGCCAUCGAGUUCGUGAGGGAUAAGACGACGAAGGAGACAUUUUCAACGUCUUGUCAUUUUGGAUACAAUUUCCAGCAGAAUGCGUUCAAGUUGGGGCUGGCCGUUUAUCCUGGUGCAGGAACGGUAGAUGGAGUUCGUGGCGAUCAUGUUAUUAUCGCUCCACCGUUCACUACAUCGGUAGUCGAUUUAGGAAAGAUGGUAGCACUGCUGAAGGAAGCGUAUGUCCAAGAGGAAACCAGGCUAGACUUGUCAUAGAGAGGCGUGUUAUUUUCGGAAUCAUGGAUGUAUUAAAAUUUAACGGUGAAAAGGAGUAGGGCUUAAUUCGCACGUGAUCAUAUCUGCAGCUUUGGAGAAUGGUCCGGGCGCAGUCAGCCUCUGGUCACGAGAAUCAGCUCGCUCCUUACUCUGACACACCUCAACC